CUCUCCUAAGUCAUGAGUGGUGUGUCAGCUGUGAAAUGCAAACCUGAAGACUCCAGGAAGGGAAGAGAAGAUGACACGGAAGGUGACCCCUUGACAACAGAGGUCAAACCGUCUCUGGAGGAACUGGUGGAGGUUUUACAUGCAGCGCCACGCUCCUGUCGCCAUGGAGAUGAGGUGUGGCCUAACCUGUACCUGGGAGACAUGUUUAUGUCUCAUGAUAAAUAUGGACUGUGGAUGCUGGGCAUCAGCCACGUGCUCAAUGCAUCACAUGGUAAACUGUGCUGUAAAGGCAGCGAUGACUUCUACGGAACCACAGUGAAAUACUACGGCGUGCCUGCCAAUGACCUGCCCACCUUUGACCUUUCGCCUUUCUUCUACCCUGCCGCUGACUUCAUUGGCCAAGCUCUGAUAUCAGGAGGAAGGGUACUGGUGCACUGUGCUGUCGGUGUGAGUCGCUCAGCCACUUUGGUCCUAGCCUACCUGAUGAUUCACCAUCACCUAAGUCUUACGUCCGCUAUACAAUGUGUGCAGCAGAAACGCUGGAUCUUUCCAAACAGAGGCUUCCUGCGGCUGCUGAUGACGCUGGAAAGAAACCUGAAGAGCCAAGACUGACCAUGCUAAAAUAAAAGUGCUUUAGAAUAACUUACUAGAUAACAUUUGCACUAUUCACAAAGUCAGUGAGUGUAAACGAUGAUUUAUCUAUCCAAGGGAACACAAUAUUAUAACAUUAUUCUACAUUAGCACAACAAAUUACA